GCCCGCUGCUGAAAGCCGCACCGCAGCAGGCGCCGAGCUGCGCCGCUGCAGCACCGCGCCCGCGGUGCCGGAUCCCCUAUCGCGGCGAAGAACAGUUCUACAGUGUCUGAGGAUGGAUAAAGACUUCCGCUACUACUUCCAGCAUCCGUGGUCUCGCUUAAUUGUGGCUUACUUAGUGAUCUUCUUUAACUUCUUAAUAUUUGCUGAGGACCCAGUGUCUCACAGUCAGACAGAAGCCAAUGUUAUUGUUGUUGGUAAUUGUUUCUCCUUUGUAACAAAUAAAUACCCCGAGGGAGGAGGCUGGAGAUUUUUGAAGGUGUUUCUGUGGCUGCUUGCCAUUCUCACCGGACUUAUAGCUGGAAAAUUUCUCUUCCAUCAACGCUUGUUUGGUCAGUUGCUCCGUCUGAAAAUGUUUCGAGAGGACCAUGGGUCUUGGAUGACAAUGUUCUUCAGUACCAUCCUCUUCCUCUUCAUAUUUUCUCACAUUUAUAAUCUGUUCCUCAUCAUGGCAGGGAAUAUGAGUGCAUAUAUUAUAACAGACUUCAUGGGCAUCAGGAAUGAAAAUUUUAUGAAGGUAGCUGCAGUUGGGACUUGGAUGGGAGAUUUUGUCACAGCAUGGAUGGUCACUGAUAUGAUGCUUCAGGACAAACCCUACCCAGACUGGGGAAAGUCUGCCAGAGCUUUCUGGAAGAAAGGAAACGUUAGGAUCACUUUAUUCUGGACAGUUCUGUUUACCCUGACCUCUGUAGUUGUACUUGUCAUUACUACUGAUUGGAUCAGCUGGGACAAGCUGAAUCGUGGAUUUCUGCCAAGUGACGAGGUCUCAAGAGCGUUCUUGGCUUCUUUCAUCUUGGUGUUUGACCUUCUUAUUGUCAUGCAGGACUGGGAGUUUCCACAUUUUAUGGGUGAUGUUGAAGUGAACCUUCCAGGCUUGCCGUCUGCACACAUGCAGUUCAAAGUACCUUAUUUCCAAAAGAUCUUCAAAGAGGAAUACCACAUACAUAUAACAGAUGCAGCCCUCAAAGAAGAGUGAAGACCACAUUCUUUCCUCUUCCUGCCCUCCUGGAUAAUGUAUUAGGCUGGUGUUGGAAAGGAUGAAAUCUGAACAUCUUUGUAGUUGCUGCUUCUCUCUUUACACCUCUUAGAUCUAGCAGGAAUUCUGGCUCGCUCACCUUUAAAACCACAGUCUGGCUGAAAGGGUAGGAAACUAGAGCUGUAACAUGUUAAACAUGGUAACAAAUACCAUGUUAAAAAUUGCUUCAACAGGUUGAGUCAGUGAAGCAUUUAUAUUCUUCACUAAAAAUUUCCAGCUGUCAUGCUGCAUGUAAAGAAUAACUAUUGUUGAAACAGGUCUUUUAAAAGAAAAAUUCUUAGCAUGACUGCAUUUUUAAAAGUACCCUGUCCCUGGAAAACUAAUUUAUUUCCAUUAAUGAAAAGGAAGCAGAAUGUGAUUGAGGAUGUAAUAUGGAAUUAUAGUUCAUUAAUUCUUCAAGUAUGUAAUUUUCCAGACUCCUGAUCUCCCAUUGAUUUCUGCACACCCCUAUAGGUCCUGCUAAAUGCCAGCAAAAAGAAAUUCAAUGGUGUUAUUUCAUGUGUGGUAGUGGUGGCACUCCAAAAUUAGACAGAAGUGUUAUGAAAGGGAAUUAUCCACUGACUGCUUCACCAUGCAGCCCUGGUAACAACUCUGUUAAGAAGAAUUGAUUGCAGUUCCCACCAAUAAGUGAAAAUAUGACAGUUGCUCACUAAACACACAAUACCAUCAAAGGUGUAACAAUUGAAGAUGGUAACUCUCAACACCUAGUUAGCCAUGAUGAACUAGGUGCAUCCAUUAAUAGUGUAAAUUUCUUGUCUCUUCCAACCUGGUUGAUUCUAUGAUUAUGAAAGGAAUUGUGUCAAUCCUCAUUAUAAAAGACUACUUAGGUAUGUGGUCUCUCUAGCCAUUCACAAAACUGUGCUUUUGCUUUUACUUUGUCUGUCACUUAGUGCAGAACCUCAACUGUAAUCCAUGUCUUUGUUGCCUCAUUAGUCCUACCUUUAAGAAGAAAAUAAAAAUUAUUUUCUUCCACGUGGCAAAAUAUCUCUUAUAGUUGAAAUAGAACAACAAACCCAUUUUAGAUACUUUUAGCUGUUUGAAAGUUCCUUAGCUCCAUUUGUGUAUUAGAAAGAGGACUAACACAUUACUGCUACUCAUUAAAGCUGUCAGUUGCUAGGUAAGAAUGACCAAGUCCUAGACAAGAGAACUAAUCUGUCUGAAGGGAGAGGAGCUAGUUUGGUAAACUGUUUUCUCUUUAAUGAUGGGUGGAAGGAAGGCUUUACUUACACGGUGUACUGACCACAUGUCCCCAAGUGAGGAGUUAAGUUAGUCAUAGCCAUGAAUUAUGAGUCAUAGGAGAGCCAACAAUGGAAUGAGCACAUUCUCAGCUUAGUUUGGGUUCAUAUCAGCUGCCUUCUGUAUUACAGUAAAUUUCCAAGUAAGUAGUUCAGAGACCAUUAAUGAAAAACAUCCAGAAAAAAACAGAAAGCAACUCAAAUGAAGUUUUGGCUAGGAACUGGCUUGACACCCUAAUUUGAACUUGGUCUUCUCCUGUGGUCAGGGUAUUGCUCAUAUUAUACUGUUGUGGUAUGUCUGAUAGGCCCCAAAUAGGCUUGUGCACGUUCUGCCUUGCCUAGGCAUGGUUUUCAGCUCUGUGAGAGAGGCAAGCAUGGGAAAAGGACCCAAAAGAACCUGUGGCCACUGAGUCCAGCCUGCCCAGGGUCCUGUGGUAGAAAGGUGUGCACACAAUAAGCGUGUGCCUGUCUAAUACAAGGCCUGUGCUUUUCCCAAAUUUGGGGAAAGCAAGCCUAUGGCUUUGCCUAGCAUGGUAAGGUUUGGCUAACUGCCAUCCUGAUUGGCUGUGUCCAAUGGGCAUUUAAUCUUGUCCCACCUUGAUAAAAGGAGAUAUGCAGGUAAACAACAUGCUUUUGCUUCCCUGCUCCUUGCUGUGCUCAGCCAUGCUCUGCUGUUGCCUGCUGCCUUAUUGUUUGCCUGCUAAACUGCACUGCCGCAAGCUUACCGGGAGCAGACCCUGGAUGCCUGCACGCGAUCAGCCUGCAUGGUCAGCAUGACAUCACGUGAGACUGCAUGACAUCCUGCCUCUACACCUGAAAGUCCUGCUUGCAAGUCCUGGACACACACGUAGAUCGUCCAGAAGAGCCAGAAGAAGAAGAUCAGAGAUUGUCUGCCUCUUUCCCCAGAAACCGGGAAGAAUCCAGUCUCAACAUCUGACAAGACAGAGUCCUUUGAAAGCAUUUGGGCACUGUCUGGACUGUGGCUAGACCCCAUGAGUUGGUUAAUAAUGAUUUGUGGGUAAAGGAUUAAAUGCCUCUUUGUAAUUCUCCAUUGCCUUCUGCCAUAGAGCAGAAAGGGCUCCUUGAGCCCAUCUACUGGGCAAGCAGCAUUUUGACUGUGGGAAUCUUCUCUUCCAGUUCAAUUAAUGUUGAUAUAUUUUGGUGGUUAUUACUGGAUAUAGAUAUUAUCCAUAGAAUGUUUGCAUAACUGUGUAAGAACAGAGGUAGUACUAAAAUUAGUGGUUGUUGGUGGUGACAAUUCUGAAUGUCAAAAUUAAUAAACAAUAUUAAUGUUUGAAAAA